UUCCUCAUCAAUUUCAUUUCACUCUCUCUUCUUUUUUGUCUUUUUCACUUUACUUCUCUCCUAUAAAAGUUAGUGAAAUUCUUAACUCUCUGCCUCAAUUUCCACCUGUUUUUUUUCUGUCAUUUUCUUCCAAUUCCUCUAUUCUUAACUAUGGCUGAUUCCAAAGAUUCCUUCAAGAUGGAACCCAAAUCUUCAUCUUCAUCCACCUCAAUCACAACCUUAUCCUCACAAAAACAUCAUACAGCUUUCAUGAUGGCCCAAAACAUCCUCAGAAUCUUAGUCAUUAUCCUCACAGCAGUUUCAAUUCUUGUUACCGUCACCAACAACCAAACCGUUACGCUGUACACUUUUCAGUUCGAAGCUCACUUUUAUUACUCUUCAUCUCUCAAGUUCUUUGUUGCUGCAAAUAGUGUAGUCUGUUUCUUGUCUGUGUUAUUACUCAUAUUCAAUCUUUUGAAGAGGAGGCAACAAAAACAUCAACUAAAGGAUUACUAUUUCUUCCUAUUUUUGUUUGAUUUGGUGAUGACGGUGUUGUUGAUAGCUGGAUGUGCAGCAGCCACAGCCGUUGGAUUUGUGGGACAGUAUGGAGAAGAUCAUGUGGGUUGGACUCCAAUAUGUGACCAUGUGAAAAAGUUCUGUAGAACCAAUUUGACUUCGCUUUUGAUUUCAUAUUUGGCUUUCUUUGCCAAUUUAGGACUCACAGUUUUAAUAGCUUACACAUGUACCACAUAAAUGUUUCUCUUAUGAAUUACUCAUUUUCACACGUAUCUUAUUCAACGUGCUCCAAUAAACAUGCUUCAAUAGUUGUACCUAGUUAUGUUGUAUUGUAUGAAGUUUGUUAGAUGUAAUAAAAUUUGUUUAUUUUAGUAAAAA